GGCGCUUGAGUGUGCAUUUUUAGCAUUAUUAGAUCAGUACCUUUAAUUUCCCUAGAGCCAUUUCCAAUAACAUCUUAUCAUAAACACAAGGAGGGCCCUGAGCGGUUAUUAUCCGUGAUAGCACCGGGGGAGGCGGUCACUGCUCCGCUACUCUGAGUCUGAAUAGACCAACUGUUUUCCUCCGCACAGUUUCAUAAGUGCGCGCGCCGCUGACACACGCGCCUGUUUGCAUGAAGAGUCCACGGAGGUUCCCACUUGUCGCUCCUGAACUGAAAAAACCCCACUCUGAAGUGAACUCUCCGCGAGCUGUGAGCAGAGGAGCGAGUGUGUGAACAUGGCUCGGACUUUGGGGCUGUUUGUGAGCUGUUUGUUGUUUCUUCUCUCCUCCGGCGCGGAGGGGAAGCGCAGCAGGGAGAGAGUCUACUAUGUGGGGAUCAUUGAGGACGAGUGGGAUUAUGCACCCAGUGGAAAAAACCUGCUGAACGGGGAGAACGUCGAAGAUGAUGAGCAUGCGUCUGUAUUCCUGGAAAGAGGACCUCAGCGUAUCGGCCGGGUGUACAAGAAGGCCAUGUUCCGACAGUACACCGAUGCUACCUACAGUCACCUGGCUCCUCGGCCAGCCUCGCUGGGCUUCCUGGGGCCUGUCCUGCGAGCUGAGGUUGACGACGUCAUUGUGGUCCACCUGAAGAACUUUGCAAGCAGGAACUACUCUAUGCAUCCCCAUGGAGUUUUCUAUGAGAAGAAUGCAGAGGGGGCUCUCUAUCCAGAUGGGACAUCAAACAUGUUGAAGAAGGACGACUCUGUUCCACCAGGAGGCAGCUACACCUACCGCUGGGAGGUUAGACCAGAAUUUGCCCCCACAGAUGAUGAUGCCAACUGCCUGACCUGGGUCUACCACUCUCAUGUGGACGCGCCCAUGGACAUCGCCUCAGGGCUUAUCGGAGCUCUGCUCACCUGCAAGAAAGGGAUCUUAAAGGAGACUAACGAUCAGUCAAAACCAGGUACUGCUGUGGAUUCAGCCAGAAAUGAUGUGGACCAGGAUGUCUUCCUGAUGUUCUCUGUGGUGGAUGAAAACCUGAGUUGGUAUCUGGAGGAAAACAUUCUUCAGAAGUGCAGCAACCCAAGUGGACUGGAUCAAGAAGACCCAGACUUUAAGGAGUCAAACCUGAUGCAUGCUAUAAACGGCUACUUGUUUGGUAACCUGCCUGGGAUCGAGCUGUGCCAGCACCGUGCAGUGGCCUGGCAUUUGUUUGGCAUGGGGAACGAGGUGGACAUUCAUUCUGCCUUCUUCCAUGGGAACACUCUCCUGGACCGCGGCCACCGCACUGACGUCCUCAGCUUGUUCCCCGCCACGUUCGCCACGGCCAAGAUGGUCCCGAAAGCUGAGGGAAAAUGGCUGCUGGCGUGCCAGGUUAAUGACCACCUGCAGGCUGGGAUGCAGGCCUUUUAUGAAGUGAAGUCAUGCGACAGUGAGGCCAACUCCACACAGACGGGUGGUGGUGUUGUGAGGGAUUACUACCUGGCAGCAGAGAAAGUUCUGUGGAACUACGCCCCCUCAGGGAAAGAUCUGAUCAAUGAUGUAUCACUUACUGAGAAAGACAGUGCAUCAGAGGUAUUUUUCAGCAAAGAAGGUGGAAGGAUCGGAGGUGUGUACCACAAAGUGAUUUACAAGGAAUACACAGACAACACCUUUACCACAACAAAAACCCAGGAUUUACACCUGGGAAUCUUAGGUCCUGUUCUGAGGGCCGAGGAGGGAGACACUCUCAGAGUGACAUUCAUGAAUUCAGCUGAUAGGAACUUCAGCAUCCAGCCUCACGGCCUGCACUAUGACAAACGCUUCCAGGGGAGCAGCUAUGAGGACGGUGUGAAUAAACCAGGCUCCCACGUAGUUCCAGGGCAGAACUUCACUUACAUCUGGCAGGUGUUGGAGGGUCCAUCUUCAUCUGAUUCUCCCUGUAUCCCCUACCUGUACUACUCUGCCACUUAUCCUGCCGAAGACACCAACUCAGGGUUAGUGGGACCUCUGCUCGUGUGUAAGAAAGGAACUCUAGGGGAGAACGGCACCCAGAAAGACGUUGAUAAAGAAUUCUUCCUCCUCUUUUCUGUCAUGGAUGAAAACUCCAGCUGGUAUUUAGAGGAGAAUAUCAAGACUUUUCAUGGAAACCCAGAUCACCCGGACUUUGAAGAGAGCAAUUUGAUGCAUGCUGUAAAUGGCCGGAUGUACGGGAACCUUCCUGGCCUAGAGAUGUGUGCCGGGGACAGAGUCCAGUGGUACACGUUUGGCCUGGGCACUGAGGUGGACAUCCACGGGGUUUAUUUCGAAGGCAACACCUUCAAGAAGCAGAGCACCACACGGGACACCGUCAGCCUGUUCCCUCACACCACUGCAGCCGUCUCCAUGCAGCCAAACAUCCCCGGUUUGUUUGAAGUGAGCUGCAGAGUAACAGACCACUUCUCAGCCGGCAUGAGGCAGCUGUACAGAGUAGACCAGUGCCCUCAGCGCCAGGUAAAGACCACGCACACACAGCCAACCAGGACAGUCCACUAUUUCAUCAGCGCUGAAGAGAUUGAGUGGGACUACUCCCCUGAGCGACACUGGGAGCUGGAGAAACACCACACCACAUCAGAGGACAGCCCAGGCAGUAUAUUUGUGGAGAAAGGGAAAAACAGAAUUGGCUCACGCUAUAAAAAGGUGAUGUACAAAGAAUACACCGAUGACACCUUCAGAGUGCAGAAGAAACGGCAGCUGAGCCAGCAGCACCUGGGGAUUAUUGGCCCCAUAAUUAAAGCAGAGGUAGGAGAGCAGAUCAGGAUUACAUUUAGGAACAAAGCGAGCCGGCCGUACUCAAUCAGUGCACAUGGAGUUAAAGCAAGUGGUGAACACAUUCCUGUUGAUCCAGGCUACAUGAUCGAGUUGACGUGGGAUGUUCCUGAAAGCUCUGGUCCAGGAGUCUCUGAUCCAAACUGCAUCUCUUACGCCUACUACUCCAACGUUAACUUUAUCAGGGAUCUAUACAGCGGUCUUCUGGGGCCUCUGGUGGUCUGCAGGCCCGGCACUCUACAGCGUGGUGUGGGGUCUGACAGGCAGAGGACUGACGUGGAGAAAGAGUUUGCUCUGCUCUUUAUGGUGCAUGAUGAAAACCAGUCCUGGUACUUGGAGGACAACAUCAGGACGUACCUUGGGGUUGACCCCGGGACCUUCGAGCCUGACGAAGACUUCGAGGAGAGUAACCUGAUGCACGGAAUCAACGGGAGGUUGUACGGUAACCUGCAAGGACUGGUCAUGACUCAGGGCGAGAAGGUUGACUGGUAUCUGCUUGGCAUGGGCAACGAGGUGGACAUGCACACUGUUCAUUUCCAUGCUGAGACUUUUACCUACAAGACGGACCUCAUGCACCGUGCAGAUGUCUUCGACCUCUUCCCCGGGACUUUCCAGACCGUGGAGAUGGUGGCGGGGAACCCAGGAACGUGGUUGCUCCACUGUCAUGUGACCGACCACAUCCACGCAGGCAUGGAGACCACUUUCACCAUCAAAGAAAAAUCCACAGGUGCAGCAGCAGGAACUGAGGGCUGCAUAAAGACUGUGCUGCUCUCCCUGGCUCUCUGUCUUCUGGCCGUAGCUGGACUGCACUAAAGAAGGGACUCUGACACUGAGCUAAACCAGUGGUUAUCAAUGCACUUCAGAUAUCCAGGGAUAAAAUCACUGCUGCUUGGAGGUUGUUUUUGUAUAUAUCAUGCAAAGUUGAGGCAAGACAAAGUAUAAACAAAAUUACAAUCUUAUGUAAAGUUCAGAGUUGUUUUAUUUUAUUAGAAAGUAAAUCAUUUUAUAUUUGUGACUUGUUUCUGAGUUGCCUUAUUGGCAUGUUGCACUGUUUAAUAUUUUUCACUGCUUUUGCAAAAAACAGCUUUACCAAAUAUUUGAUCACAGCAAUGAAUGUGCAAUAAAGACAUUUAUUCCACA